CUCAAGUUUCUGUAUAAUCUAUACUGUAAAUGAGUAAACGCUGAAAACUAUUUAUUUGCUACCCAGACGAACUGGCGAUCAUGGCGUAUUCCAUGCACAGACCGGAUAUAUUUCGCUGGAAAACAUUUAAUAAGAGUAAAACAGGCAUCAAUAAGCAGGCGCAGCUGAAUGAGGAUGAUAUAAAGCAGUGGAUGAAGAAGGUGGAAAUGGCUUCCGAGUUUGCCGUAGCUGAGGUGUUUUCUUUGAAGAAAGCACACAGUGGUAAACAUAGUGUGGCACUGCAGAGCAUAGAGCAGCUACAGGAUCAUGAUGAUGCCUACAGUGAAGCUCAGUCUAUUCUGAGCGAGUGGAUGAACCAGAAGUUACGUCUGGAGCUUGAAAUGGACGAUGAGGAAGAAGAAGAGGAGAUGAGUAAAAUGGAGAAUUCAGAAACCAAACAAUUAGUUAAAAACACACAGCCCAGCUAUAAUAACUUUGAUGAGAUGUACUCUCUCCUAUCACAGGAAGAGGAGAACUCUGUGGUAGAGAAUUUUCUCCAGGACCUGAUGGAAACUGAGGUGUUGGACUUUAGAAUGGCUGAGGAUCUCAAAGUGAACUCCGACGAAACUAAAAAGACAUGGAGAGACCCCAGCGUCACCAUAGAGAUGCGACACAAACAGGUGAAGGAGAAUCGUGCACGAAGAGAUGCAGAGCGAGAACAAAUGCUCAAAGAGAAGGAAGUGUUGAGGGAGGCGCGAGAGGGGGCGCGGCGGCUGGAACAGGAAAAGCAGGCAAGGAAGAAACAGGAGGCACGCAAACAGGAGGAGAUGAUACAGCAGGAGAUGAUUCGCUUGCGGAGGGAGAUGGAGGAGAAAAGGAAUGUGGAGCUGCUUGCACGAAACAUGGAGAGAGACAGGCUUCAAAAACAAAGAAAAGGCUCCACUGAGUGCUCUGUCGUUCCAAAACCUCCCAAUUCCAGCACACAAAAGAAACGGGACAAAGACCUUCAACCCAGACAGAUGAAGCUGGAAGCCAAAGUUAACCUUCUCAAUUUAAAAUGCAUUCACAGGCAUUUCUCUGCAUGGUACUCAGUGGUUUUGGAGAGAAGGGUGUGCAUGGGCAAGGCAGCGGCGCUGUGUGAUUGGAGGAGGCAGCUGAGGGCGUGGCGGGCAUGGCGAGCUCUGGUUUGGUCCAGAAUAGAGGAGAGAGAAGCCAAGAGAACUGAAGAAGAGCUGAGACAGGAGCAUAGGCGCUGCAAGCAGGCGGUGGACAGUGACCGCAGGAGGCUUCUGAGGCGUUGUCUCAGUGAUUGGCAUGUGUGGUGUCGGGUAGAACGCGAGCGCAAGGAGCUUCUUAAACAACAAGAAGAAACUAGGUGUAAAAUGGCUGCCCUGAUACGUGCAGCAGCUUCUGGGAAAUUGGGGCCGAAGACUAUCACACUUCCUCCAAUCACCAGCCCACCUGGCAAACUCAUUCAUUCAGAGAACAUCAGUCAUCAAGACAUAUCAGCACCUCCAGAAAUCAGUUCACCGGCUGCACCAGCCACUUUGACUAACAACGCUGGCCCAUCCGAUGCCCCGCCCACUCAGGCCUGGCAGGUGACGCGUCGCCACACUGCUCUCUCACCAUCUGAGCUUCAACAGGCCCGUGAGGGGCAAAAAGAGCAGCAGACCGUUCUCCGAACUAAAGGUGCAGAACUGACUGGUGAACAAUUCAAACACCGCCAUGCGGCCCUGCAGCAAACCGUAGCCGAGCAAAGACGCCUCCUGAAAGAGCAACAGGAGCAGAUUCUGCAUCUGCAACAAAGACAAAACAUGCUAGAGUUGCGACACGAGGUGGAAAAAACGGCACUGUUGGCAACUGUCGGGCCACCUGGAGCUCUAAGCAUGUGCUCUACACCUGAUGCAGAUACAGACACGGGAAGAGGAAGUAUGAAGAAAAAAACAAGACCGAAGACUGCCUCAGGAGAAAACGGCACCAACCAUACUACCUGCAAAGCAGCUCUGGGACGCUCGGCACUUCCUCAUCCUUCUGUACAAGGCAUGGAAGAGCGAGCACGCCAGCGUGCAGAACGCAGGAGAGAGAUGGAGGAGCAGAGAAGAAAAAGGGAAGAAGAAAAGCUAGCUCAAAUGAAGGCGGCUGAAGAAGAAAAACUUAGAUUGGAGGAAGAGGAGAAGCAGAAGGAGGCUGAGAAUAAGAGGGAAGGGAAGAGACAGCAGAGGAUGAGAGAGCUCGAGAAGCAGAAGAGAGUAGAACAGGAAAAGGAAAUGUUACAGCGUGCGACCCAGCACUACCUCAGAACCCUGUUACACCAUCGAGGCCUGGCGCCAUGGAAACGUCUACUGGAGCAAAGCCAUAUCAAUAAACAGAGAGCGGCAGAUCAUUACACACUGUCGCUUCAGAGAAGCUGCUUCUGCUCCUGGGUACGAGCUGUGGAUGAGGCUCAUGCAGAGAGAGAAGCCAGUGCUAUUCAGCUAUAUCACCAGAUCCUGCUUCAGAGGGCCAUGAGUAACUGGAAAAGGUUUAAAGAUAUGCGGUUUAUACUGGAAGCAAGAGCCGAACGGUAUUACAGAACUCGGACAGAGAGAAAAGUCAUUAUGGCUCUGCUGGAUCAUGCCACGGAACAGCGACUGACAGCCUGGGACAACAACCAGCGGGCAGAGGAGCACAACGCCAGGAAAGCAGUCAAAAGAUGUUUUGCCAGCUGGAGGCGUCUUCCAGCUGUCUUACGAGAAGAGAAGGAAAGAGAAGCUCGCAGAGAGCAACUUAGACGUAAAGUGGCAGAGAUUCUGCCCGACUUCCGCUUUUCUCCUGUUGACUUACCAGAACACACAGACGGAGACUGUCAGUCAAAAAACACGUUCAUAUAAGACAUCAUCAAGAGAUGUUAUAAACAU